AAAAAAGAAAGGAGAGAGAGAGGUAAAAAAAUGGGACUUGUUCUGCAAAUCGAUAUUUGAAUUCAAACCUUAACCGCUCAAACGUCGCAUCAGUAGAGGAGUGGAGAAAGUAGCCGGUAGUACCAACGGAGCCCAACGGUCGACUUCUUGAGUUCCUCGCAUCGUUUCCCGCUUCAGUCUCCUCGUUAUCGACUCUCUCUCUCUCUAGGUCUCUCUGUGUCUGAAUCUUCAUCAUCGUAAGAACUAAGAAGGCAAGAAGCUGUGGUCUGGAGAUGGCAAAGUCAACAUAUGAGGAGAUGCGGCGGAAGAGAUUGGAGGAGAACAAGAAAAGGAUGGAAGACCUCAACCUCUCUAAGCUCGCUCAAACCCUGAAGAACUCCAGUCCCAAGCCCUCCCCGAUGAAGAAGCCAGGAACGCCAAGGAUGGUUCGCCAUCAAGUUGAUUUGGCUAUCGUUAGAAGGUCCAGCCGUGUGGCAAAUAAGCCUGCACCAGUGUACAAGGAAGUAACAAAUGAGUUUUUUGAGAGACCUAGAUCUAGAAUCUUCAACUAUAAGCGCAGGGAUUUGUCGAACCGAGUAUAUGCUUCAGAUGAGGCUAGGGAAUAUGCUGCACAGAAAGCGGAAGAAUUGCAGUCAAGUCUGGACCCCAAUAUUCCAAGCUUUGUCAAGCCAAUGCUUCAGUCUCAUGUCACUGGUGGAUUUUGGCUGGGUCUGCCAAACCAAUUCUGCAAAGCUAAUCUUUCAAAACGUGACGAAAGAAUCAUUUUGGAAGAUGAAAAUGAUGAGGAAUAUGAAACAUUAUUCCUUGCCCAAAAGACAGGGCUAAGUGCAGGAUGGAGAGGGUUUGCUAUUGCACAUGAAUUAGUUGAUGGGGAUGCUCUAGUUUUCCAGCUAGUCAAGCCUACAAAAUUCAAGGUAUACAUUAUAAGGGUAUAUGGUUCAGACAAAGCUGAUCGGAGCCCGGAUUCUACAAAUUAGAUAGUUGUUCGAACCGAAGUCAAUAUAGAUUGUGGAUUCUUAGGAUCAGCACAAGUGGUCAAAGCAAGGGUCAUCAAGUAAGGAAUCAGUUGGGAGUUGCCUUUGGGAAUCUAUAUAUUUUGUCUGAUGUCAUAUAAGUUAUCCAAUGGCUUAACCUGGAGGAGUGCAAUCCAUGGCUAUGGGAGCUGUUCUGUUUCUAACUUGAUAUUGGUAUACUUGUUAAAUUCUUUAAGUCUGUUAUGUUUAUAUGUGAAGGCAAAAACAUGAAAAAACAUAGCUAGUUUGAACUAUCCUGAAUUUUGUCGACUACUUCAUAUCACUUAAUCUAAUUUUCCUUCUUACCAUAGCAAGAAAA